AUUUUCUGUGUUCCGUCUGUGCCCAUGGAAACGCAACUCAGUGCAAGGCAAUGUGCGAAGACUGGGGGUGUUACCCUCAGAGGGGCUCAUAGCUAAUGGUGCCAAACUGUUACAUGUGUUGCAGACAUGGCAGAGAGCCCAGUGAGGCUGAAGUCACAGGGGAAAGAUGAGGAGUUUGACAAAAGAAGAAGGCAGGAGGAUCUUGACACAGAAGGAAAUCAGGAGGAGGUGGACAUGAAGGAAGGUUUGACAGAGUCAGUCCUGAAUGAAAGCCAGGAGCUAAGCAGAGAUGAAGAGCAAGGGGGCAGUAAUUUGGAGCCAGAGAAGGAGCUAGAUCUCAGUAAAUCAGUGAUUACAAUAGACCUGAAUGAAGCAAUAGGACUCCAGGAGUGGCCUGAUGGAUCACAGUAUAGAGGAGAUGUUUCUGUGGAUCUGAAGCUUGGCCAUGGGGUGUUCACUUGGGUUAAUGGAGAGAGCUACACUGGGGAGUUUUAUAAAGAUCACCAACAUGGCAAAGGAGUUUAUACUUGGCCCGAUGGCUCCAAAUUUACUGGAUAUUUUUAUCUUAGUCGGAAAGAAGGUUAUGGAACCAUGGAAUUGCAAGAACACAAAAUAUAUCAGGGCCUGUACAAAUCUGAUGUUCGAUAUGGACCUGGCAUUGAGACCCAAACUGAUAGUUAUCAGGAUGUCGGAAUUUGGCUUGGACAACACCUCAUAAGAUUAUGCACUAUAGUGCCUGGAUCUCUUUCUGUGACUUGUUACCCAGAGCUACUUCAGCAGUGUAAAGAGGCAUCCUAUGAAAAUGAUUGUCCCACUCCAGAGUCAGUAGAGAAGCAGGAGGAAGACCCUAUGUUGCAUAGAUACAGGCUCCUUCUCCUGGAAGAUAACUAUACUCUGCCAGAGAAAAUCUACUCUUAUUCUACAAACACAGAUCAUCUCCCCCUCACUGCUUCUGAGCAUAAAGACUUUGAUUUACAUUUCUAUAGAGAUCCAGAGAAAGUGCCAGCUCCUACAUCUUACAGAACAGAAAUUAUGAAUGACAUGGAUGAAAUCCGAAUGCAUGUUCUCAAGCACAGGAACAACCCUGAGUACUUGGCCUGGGAUAUCAGUUCCAUCAUGAAUGGCAACCGUGAGAAGUUUGGUCCAUGUGGCCCCCGUGAACGUGUUGCUGAGCAGCUUAUUCAGAUGUCUGGAGAGGGAGAUUACGAUGGUGUUUCCAGAAUUCUGAGACAUGAUUUGGCGCAUGUGGAUGUGGCUGAUUUCCAUGGAUAUACAGCCCUUCAUGCUGCUGCUGUCAGCGGUCACAAUAAAAUGAUUAAUCUUCUUCUGGACAAAGGAGCAGACGUUAAUAAAUGCAAUGACGAGGGCCUCUCCGCUUUGUCCUUGUGUAUGUUGCUUUCCUACAGCGCCAAAUCAUUCCGAGCCAAUGUGGCAGAGAGAAACCUCUCAGCAGGCGAGGAAUUCAGGAAUGAAAAUUUUCCAGUUGGCAGUAAUAAAGGAAUGGAUCCCCAACAGAUAUGCACUCAUCAUGAAAACUCUACAUGUCUCCCCGAUGCUACCAAUAAGGCCAGUCCUAGUUUAGAAAGUCAAGAACUUUCUCCAGCCUCCUGUUCUUAUAGCAUGGAAGGAAGAAGAGAUACCAUCCGGCUACUUCUCCUCCGUGGGGCAGACCCUAAUAGGUGCAGAGUACCAAUGCAUGCUCUCUUCUUUGCAAUAAAAGCAGCUGAUGUCAGUACCGUCCAGUUACUCCUGGAGCGAGGGGCACAAACUGAUAUACGACUUGUCACAAAGCAUGGGACCAUUACUCCCCUUAAUCUGGCUGCAGCACUGCCGGGAGCAGAGGGGGUCAGAAUUACAGAGUUGCUGUUGCAUGCAGCCGCUGAUCCUAAUGCUAAAGCAGGAGACAGAGAUUACAUAUAUGAAUAUGAUAGGGGUGAACUCCCAAACAGUGUCAUUGGCUUUCCUAUGAAAGGUUUUGCUGAGUCUGGAAUGGCCCUACAUUACUACUUUAAAAAUACAAGUGUAAUCCCAGAGGAAGGAGGACGCACACCACUGCAUGUGGCUUGUGAGAGAGACGAUAACUAUAAGGAAGCCCGGGAUAUCAUUUAUUUGCUGGUGAGCCACAAUGCCAACCCCAACAUAUUAUGGAGCGGGCACUCUACACUUUCAUUGGCUGUGGCCAGUGGAAAUGAGCAGGCUGUAAAAGAACUUCUAGCAAAUGGAGCGGACCCUAACCUGCCUCUCAGCAGAGGAGUGGGCAGUGCCCUGUGUGCGGCUGUCAAUACUGACUAUGAGAAUGGAAGAACAGCGCUUGCACAGAUUGCUAUGGUUGACAGGCUAAUUAAAGCUGGAGCAAACAUGCUGAUGCCAAUUACUAUUGGAGGAGGAAGGAAGACUGCUGUAGGAACCGCCACAGACUAUGCCUAUUACAAGUAUUUUCAGGAUAAAAGAAUAGCCCAUACGCCCUAUCAUGCUUUGUCAUCAGAAGACCGGGACACAUUUAAUGCCAGGAAGAAACUUCUGGAGCAUUUAGGGAACCUUACUCGGGAGGCAGUAACCCAGAAAGAAAAGGAGUGGGCAGAUGAAGAGAAAUGUUGCCUGGGGUCUCCCAGAGAUACAGAAGCAACAAAAAGCCACAAUAAGGAAGGCGAGGAAUCAAACUUACAGUUGCCUCGAAAAGCCUUCUUCAAGUACUGCUACCAGUGUGGGCGCUCUGUUGGUGUCAAGCUCUCUCUUUGCUCGCGCUGUCACUCUAUAUAUACAUGUAGCAAGCAAUGCAAGAGGAAGUCAUGGGAAGAACUUCACAAAGAGGAAUGCCUUGAGUUUUCAGGAAAACUUUGCUCUAAACUAUCUGGAGCCAAAGCAAAACACAUUGGGCAGAAACCCUCUGCUAUUAUGGGUCGGUCCAACCAACAAGAGCCAUCAGGCAAGAUGCAAGACCCGAGUUCAUUCAGCCAAAGGGUGCUGUCCAACAGAAGGCCUGGCAUGCACACAGAGGAACACUACCUCGGUGGCAGAAGCCUCAGGAUGCAAACCGAUAUGGAUAACAAGCAGGAGGCAUCAGGUAGAAGCCACAGGAUACACCCAAGUGGAGAAAGUUUUUUGUGUAGUGAAAACUAUAGUUUUAAUUAACAGGCCAGUCAUUUCUAGAUGCUCCUGUACAUCUUGCAAGCAAUAAAUAAACAUAUAUUGAGCUUCACAGCCCAAGAAUCAACAAAGUAGCAGAAACUAUUUAGCUAAGGGCAAGUUAGACAGUAAUACUCAUUUUUAGAGUUAAAAAAGUUAAAUAUAUUUGCGUGAUGGGAUUUACAUAAGCAAAAGGUUUUGCGCUGAAUAUGUGAUGUGUAUUGCUUUCAUUAAAGUGCAAUGUAAUAGAAAUCACAAAAAGCAACUGUUCACAUGGAGCACAAACUCUUCAAACUAAAUUCAUUUUUUGCCCAUUGAGGUAUAAAGGGGGUUAUGUAACAAAAUGCAGUUUGAUCAGGAGCAGUACCCUAAAGCAACCAAUCAGCAGGUAGAAUAUACUGGUCACCUGUUUAAAAUCAAACCUCCUAUUGGUUGCUGUGGGUUACUACUACUGGGCAAACUUAGUUCUUUUUAUUACACAUGAGGGUAAAGUUCUAUAUAAUGAUGCAUUUGCCUCUCAGCGCUACUUGUGCUCAAAGCAAAUCUAACUUGCUAGUCCUUGCUUUUACUUGCCAGUAGCAACAAAUCCAGUCUUUUGCUUUCAUUUUUCAUCUUGUAGCAGACUAUUUAAAUCUAAUUACUAAUUGGUUGCUAUUGCCAACUGUUGUUCAGUUUGGCAUCUGUGUUAGUAAAUCAGCCACAUUGAUUCAGAGGUGAAUGUGGUUGAUGCAAUGGAACCAGGGCCAAGCCUAGGGCGACUUAAAUUUAGGGGCGUCAUGCCGGCCAAUGGGCACCCAAUAAUUAAAUCCGGCGCUAAAUGGACCUAUAGCUAAGCCAUAUGGAAAGAGUUAGUGUAAAAUGAUUGCUUGCUGAAUUACACUGCUGAAUAAGAACAAUCAUAAAAAAAAGUUUUGAAAUAAACCAGGCACAACACUGUGGUUGGUUGGUAUCUCUGCAUGUCCAUGUUACCUGCUUCCUCUGUGCUUGCAUACUGCUCUGGUACUCUGCCCUAUAUGCAGAACAGGAGGAGGUACAGAUAAGUUUACCCAGGACCAGUAACCCAUAGCAACCAAUCAGCAGGUAGAAUAAACUGGUUACCUGUUUAAAAGCAAACAUCUUAUUGGUUGCUAUGGGUUACUGCUCCUGGGCAAACUUAGUGCCUUUUAUUACAUAUGGGGGUUAAGGAAAGCUGGCAGGGAUUUUUCUUCAAAGACACAGAACUUGAAAGUAUCAUUUUAAUUCUGGCUUCCAAAGUUGUUUAUAUAUAGUAAAAUAUUUAAAUAGUGUCAGUUGUCCUGUGUUUAGUAAUAAUGUGAGCUAUGCUACACUGACAUAAUGGGGCUAAUUUGCUACCCUAAGUGCUAAACAGUAGUUUCAGAUCAGUUGCUUUAUUGUAGUCACAUCAAAACCAAUUGCUGCUUAGUUGCUUUUGGUAACUGCACUGAUUUAGAUUCUACAUCAGAAGUGUUGGAAAUCCAUCUGACAUUUUCCUCUAUUUGAGUAUACUGUAUAUACUGGGAUCCUGUAUACUCAAAGGAAACCCAUUAUCUAGAAAGCUCUGAAUUAUGGGAAGGCCAUCUCCCAUAGACUUCCGUUUGAUCAAAAAUUUCCAUGUAAUAAUAAAAACACAGUACCUUGUACUUGAUCCCAAUAAAUCCUUAUAUGAGAAAAAA